UUAAACGUUAGCCUUGAAAAGAAGGCAGAUAAGAACCAUACACACGAUUUCUUCGCAACUGUUGGUAUAGAAAAUAUUGCAGGAACGGUUGAAGAACCUGAUGGAACUGGUGGGGAUGCAUUGUAUUGGAAACCUCCUAACUUUCCACAAGGUUUAACAUCGGAGGAUGACAUAACGACGAUGAAAUACACUAGAUGUAGAAAUGUCUAUGUCAUGGAGGAUGAAAACAAAGUUAAAUUCACUGCUCAAGAUUUAUAUGAUAAAAAAGCUGACAAAACAUAUGUUAACGAUGAGUUAGAUAAAAAAGCUGACAAAACAUAUGUUAACGAUGAGUUAGAUAAAAAAGCAGACAAAACAGAGCUUCAAACAUUAAAGACAGAAAUACUUCAAACAGUAUAUCCUAUAGGUUCUAUUUACACGUCAAUGAACUCUACCAGACCAGAAGUAGUACUUGGUUUUGGAACUUGGACUCAAAUAGUCGACAGGUUUUUGUAUUGUGCAAACUCUUCAAAGGAAACAGGCGGAAGUAAAACGAUUUCAGGUGAAAACUUACCUGCACACAGUCACUACAUAAAUUUAAGUACAUCUGAAGCAGGUUUGCAUAGUCAUAGAUUUUGGGAUUGGUCAGGAAUGACAAAAGGUAAAGGAUAUGAUGUUAAAGAGGACGUUAAGUUUGCUAUAAAUUGUUACUGGAGUAACACUGAGGUAGGAGGAAUCCAUUCACAUCGCAUUUCAGGGUAUACGCAAACAACGGGACAAAGUAAAGACUACAUGCCACCUUACAUGACAGUUUACGCAUGGUAUAGAAAUGCUUAG